AUGGCACUCUUUUCUCAAACUAGUCAACAGGGUUUUCAGGCUUUGCUCUGGAAAUGUCGUAUGUUCUGGCCUGUUUCAAGAUGCCAGCAACUGUUUGGCGUUUCUUUCAGCAUCCACAAUAGGAAAAAGGUUAGCUUUUUCAGUUUUAUGACGUCUUCCAGCACUGCAUUACCAGUGGAUCCCAAAGGAACUGAUGCCUUUCCUACCAAGAAAAGGUCUGAAAUUGAUUAUGAAGAAGAAAAAGGAUGGGAUAAGGAGACUAAAGAAAUAUCUGAAGGGAAACUCCACUUUUCUUCCUCCAUUGACGCUCCAAAGAAACAGUUAAUGCGUCAAGUUCUGUCAAAGCAUAAAUUUACCAGUGUACAGCCUCCAGAAAAACCUUUGCAGGCUGAGGAAUGGAACAGACUGAGAGAAAGCUUUCAAGCACCUGAAAUAUUUGAAGAAGUGAUGUUUAACAGUAUGCUCAGGUGCAACAGCCCCAUUGAUGUGGCUAAGUCCUUGCUGACCCAUGUGGCAAAGAGUAAUGGUGACAUCACAUAUAAUUUGUUGGUCAAAUAUCUGGCAUUGUGUGUCCAGCAGGGGCAGACUUCAGAAAUUUGUGAUGUGUAUGAUAUAAUGAAAAUCAGAUUUAGGAUUUUAGAAAGUGGGGCUUACAACCUUCUUAUCAGGGGGCUGAGUAAUUCAGAUCAGUGGAGAAAGGCCUUGACUCUUUUGGAAGAAGUAAAAAAGAUGAUGAUUCCCACACGGACAAACUAUGAAUCCUGUAUCAAAGCAGCCAGCCAUCACAAAGAAAUGAACCUUGCAUUUGAACUUUACCAUGAAAUGUUGGCUAAGGAUUUGGUCCCAACCUUGGAUGUCCUGCAGGCCUUUUUUGACUUCAGCAGGGGUAUGAGAGGUGCUGAGUUACAAAAAGAACUGUUUGGUAUCCUCUUAUAUUUGAGAGACAACCAAAUAUACCCUCACAGAACAUUUAUGCGGAGUAUAAAGCUAUGGUUUGAAAGUAUACCAGGAGGGAACUGGAGAGGACACCUGACCAACAUUAAAGACAGCGGGCAGUGCCCAGUUUGCAACCAUCAGUUGGAGGAUAGUGACCUCACCGAAGAGGAGUACAAUAAUCUCAGAGAAAGAAUAAUAAGGGACGUGAUACAUGGAACUGACACUUUUAGAAAGACAAGCCCACAGGAAUUUGAAGCCUUUCAAACAUUUGUGGAAAAUCGGCUUCCAUUUGAUAUUGUUAUUGAUGGACUUAAUGUUUCCCACAUAAAACCCAGAAAGAUGCAGUGUGAAAAU